AUGCCGAAUAAUUCGACACCUUUCUCCUGUCAAACGGAUGGCAUUUGGCGCAGUAGACCAAAGAUGCUUUCCUGGAACGCUGAUGCGGAUUGUUGCUCGUGGGCCGGAGUCAUUUGCGAUCAUAUGACUGGUCAUGUGAUUCACCUUGAACUUGGCUGCUACCCCCCGAACCCGACCUGCUACUCCUCUGCAGGGUCUUCAAACAGCACUGAACUAUCUACAUUGGGUCCGGUCACUCUUUCUUCUCCUCACAAAGCAGAAAGGCCAUCAGGGUCGAAUUCAAACAUGCUGCUUCAAAAUUUGACCAAGUUAAGAGUCCUCGUUCUCGAUGGGUUAAACAUGUCUGGCAUUAACGUGAGUCACUUAAUGAAUCUCUCUCCAUCUCUGGAAGUCCUCAGCCUCAGUUCCUGCAAAUUACGCGGCGUGUUAGCAGCAAAACUUUUCCUUUUGCCAAAGCUGGCAUGUCUCGAUUUAUCAGGCAACAAGGAGCUUGUGGGUUACUUACCCGAAUCAACUUGGAAUAGCUCUUUGAAGGUUUUGGACUUGUCCUCCACGGGCUUCUCUGGAGUGUUACCAGAGUCCAUGGGCGACCUGCAUUCUCUGGAGAUCCUCUGGCUACACCAGUGUAAUUUCACUGGCUCUAUUCCAUCGUCACUCGGUUACCUCACACGACUCACUAGAUUGGAACUCUCAUUCAAUGAGCUUAGUGGUCAGGUUCCUCCAACUCUGUCAAACCUUGAUCAGCUCAUGCUGCUCGAUCUUUCCUCCAAUAAUCUCAUAGGUCCAAUACCUGAUGUCUUCAACAACAUGACACAACUUCAAAAACUGCUUUUCUCGCAUAACCUCUUCGCAGGCUUUAUUCCUCCGAGCAUAAAGAAUCUUUCCAGUCUAGCCCAACUUGACAUUUCCAAUAACCACAUUGGUGGGUCUAUACCAUCAUCACUGUUCUCUCUUCCAUCCUUGACGAGCCUAGACCUUAGUAACAAUGGGCUCAGUGGUCAAAUCGGUGAGUUCCUCGGUGCACCGUCAUUAGUCCAUGUUGACCUGAGUGGUAAUCAGUUGCAUGGCUCAAUCCCGAGCUCGAUUUUUCAGCUUGGCAACCUCACUGACUUGAGUAUCUCAGCAAAUAACCUGACCGGCGUUUUAGACCUACAAUUGCUCUCAAGACUCAAAAGUCUCAUGAAUCUCGAUCUUUCAGACAACGAUUUGUCAAUGAGCAAUAGCAAAUAUGUCGAGCAUGACAUGCCAAACCUCUCAAAAGUCAGUCUUUCUGGGUGCAAUAUUACUGAAAUCCCUGCAAUCUUGAGAAAUUCAACCAGUGUAGGAUAUAUAGACCUGUCGGGCAACAAAAUCCAUGGCGAUACCCCGUCAUGGAUGUGGGGUGUCGGGACCGAGUCAUUGACUUAUCUCAAUCUCUCGCACAACCUCCUCACUAGCUUCGAACAAGUUCCAUGGAAAAAUCUUAUAAUCCUUGACCUGCAUUCAAACUUGAUACCAGGACCGCUUACACCUCCAUCACUCCCAAACUCUCUUCUCGUCUUCUCGCUAGCUAGCAAUCAAUUGACUGGCUAUAUCCCUGGUUCUAUCUGUGAAACGAAGGGCCUACAAAUUGUUGACCUCUCUCGUAACAAUUUCGUUGGAACAAUCCCUCAAUGUCUAGGGAACAUCAGCCACAGCCUUUUAGUGUUGGAUCUGCAAGAAAAUGGACUUUCCGGCACAAUCUCACUCACAUUCAGUGAAAAAGCUGUCCUGAGAAGUCUUCACCUCAAUGGAAACCAAUUUGAAGGCCCGUUGCCGCGCUCUCUAAUCAAUUGCAAGCAGCUUGAACUGCUAGAUCUCGGCGGUAACAAGUUGAACGACACUUUUCCAAAAUGGUUGGAAACACUUCCUAGCCUGCGGGUCUUGGUCUUGCGAUCGAACAGACUUCACGGCUCCAUAGGCAACCCCAGAACUGAAUUUCCUUUUCCGCGGUUGCGCAUUCUCUACCUUUCCUCCAAUGAGUUCACCGGUCCUUUGCCUGGCGCCUACUUUGCAAAGCUGAAAGCGAUGAUGUCCAAUGAUCAGGAUGGAUCUGGGUUGCGAUACAUAGACCAAGGUUACUACCAGGAUUCCAUGAAUGAGAUGAUGAAAGGACUUGAAGUGUAUCUCCCUAAAAUCCUAGUGACCCGGACAACCAUUGAUCUAUCAAGCAACAAGUUCCAGGGAAUGAUUCCUGAUGUUAUAGGAGAACUAGGAUUACUCAAGGGGCUCAACCUUUCUCAUAAUAAUCUCGAAGGCCAUAUACCAUCAUCUUUGGGGGACCUUUCCGAGCUUGAAUGGUUGGAUCUUUCUUCAAAUGAGCUAAAUGGGACGCUACCAACCGAAUUGACAAAUCUCACGUUUCUGGAGGUCCUAAAUGUCUCUUCCAAUCAACUAACCGGAUCGAUUCCUCGAGGGAAACAAUUCGACACAUUUCAAGCCGAAUCCUAUCUCGGGAACCCGGGAUUGUGCGGGUUUCCAUUGUCCAAAACUUGUACUAAUUCCAGGGCGCCGGGGGAGCUUCCUGUCCUACCUGAAGGUGGGGUUCACUCGUUCUUUGCAGAUUUUAUCGAACCGGAGGCCGUGGAAAUAGGAUUAGUAUGUGGCAUAGUGGUCGGAUUAGUCAUGAGUAACUUGCGAUAUCUUAGAUCUUUUCUGCGAGCAAAGACGGAAGUCAGAAAGAUAGCUGGGAAACAUAUUUCUCCAAUCAGGCCUUGA